UAUAAAGGCAGUGGUUCUCAAUCUUUUGACUUUUAUUGCCCCCCUUUUACAAUUUCUACCCAGUAAAAAUUUGCACAGCUUGGUUUAUCUAGAAAGAUUAUAAUGAUAACAAAAACACAGGAAUGUCUUUGCCUAUUUGUAGUUUUAGCUCACUUAAAUGUGGUUUAAAUGUAAUUAUUGCAAAAGGAAGGGGACCAAAGGGUUAAAAACACGAGUGGCGCGCUCACCCCAGCAUUACAUCACUGACCAAAACUCAGAUCCGAGGUGCGAAGCGAAACACUAGGUGGCAUCACCGAUGAGUAGGAAGCUGCGUCUCCAGUCGAGACUUGGACCGAGGAGCAGGCUCACUUGUCAUUUGGGUGUCUCAGGGAUCAUUCCAACGCUCCCUAUGUAGGGUGCAAUCAGAAUGCGCAGGUGACAGCUGCAUCGCACUCCCAACAAACUGUUUUGAGGAGUUCAUCUCUGACCUGUGCGGGUGCAAGGUCUCCAUCAGGUGCGCAUCAUCGUACGAGGAUGCUGAGCCACUCAGGCGCGGAGUGGCACGGUCGCCUCCGGAGGCGUUACGGUCGCACCGUAACUUCAUGGCUACCUCAUUAGGGGUACUCUGGAAAAACAGGUGUCAGGGAAGUGACGUCACGAGCCUCGAAAACCGGAGGUGUGAGCUUCGGAGAGCAAGAUGGCAGCGAAAUCCGACGGUCGGGGGGUCGUCACCGGUUUCGCCCAGCUGCAUAACCUGGACGAGGCGGUGGGCGGCUGCGAGGACGACCCCGGGCAGGGCAGCUCCUUCCACAUAUGCCACUGCUGCAACACCUCGUCGUGCUACUGGGGCUGUCGGAGCGCCUGUCUGCAUUACCUCCUGGGGAAGGGGAGAGACAUCAGGCGGCCACCUCACGAGGAGCGGCGCCUGUGGUUGGACUGCCUGUGGAUCGUCCUAGCGCUGCUAGUCUUCUUUUGGGACGUGGGCACUGAUGUGUGGCUCGCCGUUGAUUACUAUACCAAGCAGGACUACCUCUGGUUCGGGCUCACGCUGUUCUUCGUGCUGGUCCCGUCGGUUCUGGUUCAGAUCUUGAGCUUCAGGUGGUUCGUGCAGGAUUACACGGGGGGCGGUUUGGGCACCGUGGAGGGGCUCAGCAGCCGGAGAGCCACUGCGACUUUGAGCAGUAGGGCAAGAUGCUGUCGCUUGUCUGUGUGGGUUUGGCAGACGAUCAUACACAUCCUUCAGAUGGGACAAGUGUGGAGCAUCUCUUCCUCACAUCUUAAGAGGGAGAAGUUAAGACAGAAGAAAACCGAUGCACAAUGACAGAACUGAGAAGCAUGAUGACGAUAUUGAAAAAUCAUUGAUUUGUGGUCGAGCGUGUUAUCACCAAUUGGAAAAGACUUUCGCCUUCACAUCCUGUUCUAUCUGUAAAGAUCAGGUCAUCUGGCACAGUGAAAGUCUACUACUAUUAAUUCCCAGUUAUCACCCAUUACCAUCAUACCUUCGUCCCACCAACACAAUCUUAUGGGAAUUUGUUCAUAUUUUUCAAGGUGGCUAAUUCAAUACGACCAUAUUCCUACAUUUUGUAAGAUUCGCUUUUUGGUUAAGGGCUUCACUAUUGUUUUAUUUUCAUAAUCUUAUGUUCAAUUCACUACAUACAAAUGUAUUUAAAUUAUCCAACUCUUAAAGUUGCUGUGUGUAGAUUUUAGCAGCACCUAGGGGUGAGAUUGCAAAUUGCAACCAAUGGCUCAGUCCGCAGUUUCCCCUCCUUUUCGAAAUGCAUAGUGAAGCUAUACGGUAGCCGAGAUAGGACAAACAUGUUGUUGUCUUAGACAAAAUGUGACGAAAUGCACUUUGUAGAGCAGUUUAUCCGUUAUCCAUCAUCCGUUGUCCGGCUAUUGUAGAAACAUGGCGGUACAAAAUGGCGACUUCCAUUUAAGGAGACCCUUAAAACACUAUGUAGAUAAAAACGGCUCAUUCUAAGCUAAUACAGUUCAUUAUGAAAGGUCUUUAUACAUCACUGAUGAAAUAUUUAUGUAUAUUAUAUUGCAUUUCUGUCAAGAGAUCCUUCUAAAAUGUACACAUUGCACCUUUAAAAUAUGAACAAAUUCCUGUGAGAUCAAGCUGGCCACACCCCUGCCAAUUCCCCUGUCCUCCAAAUCCUGCAUUACACUGUUACCACACACAGAUGACUCUGCUGGACUGUACACACAAAUUAUCCACUUGUAAACAAUGAAGAUGUAUUUUCAUUUCUGGAUUUUUAUCUUUCUGAUGUGAUUUGUUCUGUUUUAGGUGCCUUGACACAGUUAAUGUAGACCAGAAAUGGCUCCAGUAUGUACAAACUGUGGGAGGAACUGGAAACCAUACAUCUGCACCAGUUCCUCUAGUUUAAAAUGACACCGUAUGGUAUGAAAUGCUCUUUUCUUUUUAGACAACUUUUAAUUUUGUAGAGUUUA